AUGGACUCCGCAGGUCCAGAUACCAACCUGACUUCUCCUAACAAAGGUCUGCUGUCCGACUCCAUGACAGAUGUCCCUGUCGACACGGCGGUGGCUGCCCAGACUCCUGCUGUGGAGGGUCUGUCGGAGGCUGAGGAGGAGGAGCUCAUGGCUGAGCUCGCAAAGGUGGAAGAAGAAAUUGUCACUCUGUGCCAGGUUCUGGCAGCGAAGGAGAGACAUUGUGGAGAGCUGAAAAGGAAGCUGGGCCUCUCUGCCUUGGAGGGCCUGAAGCAGAACCUGUCCAGGAGCUGGCAUGAUGUGCAGGUCUUUAACGCCUAUAUGAAAACUUCGGAGAAACUUGGAGAGUGGAAUGAGAAAGUGACCCAGUCUGACCUCUACAAGAAGAUUCAGGAGACUCUCUCUCAGGCGGGACAGAAGACUUCAGCUGCCCUGUCUACCAUGGGCUCUGCCAUCAGCAGGAAGCUAGGAGACAUGAGGAACUCUGCAACCUUCAAGUCGUUUGAAGACCGAGUUGGGACCAUAAAGUCUAAGGUUGUGGGUGGCAGAGAGAAGGGCAGUGACAACCUUCCCUCCCCGACUGGGAGUGGAGACAAGCCCCUGCCUGAUCAUACGCCUUUCUAAGCCCGUAGCAGGUUCGCCCGGCCAUGGAACACAUGCAAGUACCCUCUCAUCGCCACAACUGCACCUCUGCGCAGCGGAGCAGCC